AUGCCUACUCCAGAGUCUGAGAUACUGAGGCCACUUGACGUCUCAAACACCAAUUCCGACGACUGGGAGAUCUUUGUCUUAAGCGAUGCGCGAAUCGUCUUCGAAAGCGAUGGCAAACCUGCGAGCCUUCUUGCUGCGUAUGCGGACAUGCCCCUUAGAGUGGAGGGACGAUUGGAGACUCCUGGGCGCAGCCAGCUGAAAUACCUCUUAAAGAAGCCAUAUAAGCCCAUGGACAUCGAAUUAAGAAAUGUAACACGCUUUUCCUACGGCGAAAUGACUGACGGUGCAUACGUGAUUUGGGCGCAAGGCAACGCAGGCUGGUUCGAAAUACGACCGGCGGCGCAAUACAGUCCGAUAUACGAUGAGAUGAUCCAGGCUGUGGAACUUCUUUACUUCGUCACCGACAUAUAUAGCGAGUCGCGAAAGAAGAGUAGCGGGCCCAGUGCAGAAUUGGUCUUUCAAGAGAAAGACUUCGAUAACUGCAAGGCACGAAUCGAGGGGCGCUAUUCGCAAAUUCAACCUGAACGUUCAGCAAGAUCUCCCAGAUCCACAUCUGCGCCAACGACAGCUUCGAAAACAGCACAAACAAACUCGACAGUACAGAAGGCUCAUGGAAAGACUGCGACACCGAAAUCGGUGGAAGCGCCAAAGAAAGACGACAAUUGGUGGGAGGCAGCAGCACUCUUCGAGUUCAUGCAGAAAGUAGUGAACCAACGGGUUCUACGGGCAGGGAGAAACCAAAUCACCGUGGAUCGAGUUGCAGAACUUAUUGUUAGACGAUAUGAGAUUGAGGGAGUGGAGAUUGCAAAGAAUGUGCUUCUGGUACAUGCACAGAAUUUGUGCUACAUGAUGGACCAUGCGCGGCGAAAGUCCAUACAAUUUUUUGUUUCUGAACCAAUCUACCAAGAACUAGCAGCUGGGCAUAACCUAUCUGCGGCCGAGCAAAGACGAGCUGAAGGUGUGGAGCUGAAACCACGGAGAGAUCACAGGACUCUGAGAGAUGGCGAGAGCGAUUCUUCAGAUACAUCUGACGAAGAAGAAGACGCGAUAACAACGCCCAUACGCAGACCACCAGGUAGGCGGGAGCAAGGCCGCCUAUCUGUGCUACGACCCAAGAGCGGAAAGUUUUCUGGCAAGAGCAACAAGGUUAGCAUCAAGCCAGGCAGACAGAAAGGGGGAAAGGGAAAAGCGCCUGUACUGGCAAGUGAUGAUUCGGAAACUGAGCAAAGCGACGAGACGACAAGUAGCGAGGAAGACGAGGAAAUUGACACACCAACCCAAGCCCUGUCACCAGGUCGUGAGAAGAGAAAACUAGAUGUCACAGAUGCGGACCAAGAAGAGCCAGAUCGGCGCAAACGUACAGCCAGUACAUCUGCAGCUCCCGAUUCUCCACCUACAACCGGCGCCUCGGACUCAGAAGAAGCCACCGCUGUUCCACCUCUACCACUCCGUUACCGACCAUCCAACCUUCCCCCACAUGUUAAGCCAGCAUCGUCAUCAGCAAAUACGAAACCAAUAGUAUCGCCACCGAUAAUAUCAACUCCCUUACCAACCUACGAACCAAACGGCCCCCGCGACUCGUGGAUCUGCAGUUUCGAUGGGUGCACCCAGAAAAUAUACGGAUGCAGUAAAGAGUUAGGUAGACAGCUGAUCACAGAACAUUUGGAAGAUCAUAGUAGAGGGCGAGAGAAGGUUGUAGGUAUCCUUUGGAGAGAACAGGAUCGCUUGAAUCUGCCUGUGAGUAACUUGAUCAAGAAGAUCCGCGAAAUGAACGAGGCGUCUACGCCACUGUUCCCGACGCCUGGUGCUUCAACAACAACAGUGCAACCUAUACAGAGACCUGUGUAG